GGUUAUGUCUGCUGUUUCCGGCUCAGUCACUUUAUAUUUCUCAUACACAUUAUCCACAACUUCGUAACGUAGUCUCGCAGAAGGGUUGUAUCAACAAACGAAUCAAACAUGUUCUACAGUCAAUCGCUUAAAAGAGAGCGGAGCGGGCGUCUUGAAUGGCUUGAAAGCAACGUUUUUAUUGUACACAUAUGUCGGGAUGUCAAAGAUGUCAACAUGCUAUUUAGUCUGUGCAAGAAGUCGACACAUUCCAAUUGAACUUCCUCAUCUCCAGGACGUUGUCCUUGGAAGAUGUCCUGAAACGCAAAUUGUGGAUAAGCGGUGUUCAAAAACUCAGUUGACAUUUAGAGCAGAUCUCAUCAACCGGUCAGCCACAGUAAAACAGACUGGACCCAACUUGUCAGCUGUCAACGGCUCACCACUUGGGAGAAACUGUGAAAAAAUUGUUCAUGAUGGUGCUGUUGUGCAAUUUUUACUUGGUCAAUAUGAACACUGGGUCAGGUUUACCCCUGAGCCCAAGUCUUCAGCAGCAUCUACUAAGCGAAGUUCAAAUUCUGGAGAAUCCAUGGAUUCAAAGAAACAUUGUGGAAGUAGUUCUAGAAUAAAUGAUCUUUCUGAUUCUUCUGUUCUUGUCAAAAAGGCAGAGAAAAGCAUGUGGCACUCAGUAGAUGGUGGACGGCUUCUUGUGUAUGAAUGCCAAGGCACUUGUCCCUCUGAAAAGGUAGCAGCAUAUGAUAUGGAUGGAACUUUAAUUAUUACAAAGUCUGGAAAAGUGUUUCCUCAGUACCCAGACGACUGGAAAAUUCUUUGGCCAGAAAUACCUACAAAGCUUCAGAAAUUGCAAAAAGAUGGUUACAAAAUAGUUAUAUUCACAAACCAGGCUGGUAUAUCCCGAGGGAAGACAAGUGCUAAAGAAAUUCAGCAAAAAAUUGAAAAAAUUGUUGCAACUUUGAAUAUACCUAUGCAAGCUUUUGUUGCCACUGGUGAUACUAUAUUCCGUAAACCUGCUCCUGGCAUGUGGGACUUUCUCCUAAAACAGUGGAAUGGACGGCAAGAAGUAGACAUUACAAAUUCUUUCUACUGUGGGGAUGCUGCAGGGCGUCCAGAGAAUUGGGCUCCUAAGAAGAAAAAAGAUUUCAGCUCUUCAGACCGUUUAUUCGCCAAAAAUCUUGGACUAAAAUUUUAUACACCUGAGGAACAUUUUCUCGGCCAAAAGGCAGUACAAGUUAAUUUUCCUGAAUUUGAUCCUUCUGAGAUGCCAGAGGCAGAUGCACCACUGGUUGACCCUCCCCAUUCUUCUGUUACAUCUUCAAACCAAGAGCUCCUCUUACUGGUUGGCUUUCCUGGUUCUGGGAAAAGCUUUUUGUGUCGUGAGUAUCUCCUACCUGCUGGAUAUUCUCAUGUGAAUCGAGACACCUUAGGGUCUUGGCAGAAAUGUGUUUCAGCAACAAAAGCUGCCCUUGAAGCAGGAAAAAGUGUUGUUGUUGAUAAUACAAACCCUGAUCCAGAAUCUCGGGUAAGAUUUGUUGAGGUGGCCUCAAAAUUGAAAAUUCCAUGCAGAUGUGCUAUAGUUGGAGAUUCAAUUACCAGAGCUAGACACAAUAACAAGUUUCGUGAGCUAAUUGGUGAAAUUCAUGACCCUAUAUCUGAAAUGAUAAUGAAUUCACACAAGUCUAAGUACAAGGAACCACAACUCAGUGAAGGGUAUGAAGAAAUAAUUCGGAUAAAUUUCAAACCUAAAUUUAGAACAAAAGAACAUGAGCAUUUGUAUAAAAUGUAUUUAUUGGAUAAGUACUAACAAGUGAAUAUCUGUACCAGCAU